UUUGACUCAUAUCAUUCAUUGUCUUUCCUGAUUCUUAGACAGGGAAACUAACAGAGCAAUUUACUCUGAUAAUAGAGAGAGAAAAAAGGAAGAAUACCAAACAGAGAGAGAGAGAGAUUUCAAGCAACAAUGGCGGUUUCGCUGAGAUGUUUUUGUAUAUGCACAUUGAUGAUUAUUGUCCUGUUCGUUAGAGUGAAGGCAUCAACGGAGAAGAGCCAGCUGAAAUCGAGGUUGGAGGAAAAACAGCUGUUGCAGAGCUCCAAAAACUCAUCAAUGGCGAAGGACGGGUCAGGUGAUGCAUGGAAUGAGCAUGCUGUUGAGAAUCCGGAAGAGAUUGCUUCUACGGUUGUUGAGAGCAUACGCAACAGCACAACAAGAAGGAAUUUAGGAUUCUUCUCCUGUGUGACGGGCAACCCAAUUGAUGAUUGUUGGAGAUGCGACCCCAAUUGGCAGCGAAACAGGAAACGUCUUGCUGACUGUGGGAUUGGUUUUGGACGCAAUGCCAUUGGUGGUCGCGACGGCAGAUACUAUGUCGUGACCGACCCUCGAGAUGAUGACCCUGUUAAUCCAAAACCUGGCACUCUCCGCCACGCUGUUAUUCAAGAAAGACCUUUGUGGAUUGUGUUCAAGAGGGACAUGGUGAUCACUCUUAAGCAGGAGCUUAUUAUGAACAGUUUCAAGACUAUUGAUGCCCGUGGGGUUAACGUCCACAUUGCCAAUGGAGCUUGCAUUACUAUCCAAUUUAUCACAAAUGUCAUUAUUCAUGGUCUCCAUAUCCAUGAUUGCAAGCCUACUGGCAAUGCCAUGGUUCGUAGCUCUCCUACUCAUUAUGGAUGGAGGACGAUGGCUGAUGGAGAUGGGAUUUCCAUUUUUGGGUCUAGUCAUAUUUGGAUUGAUCACAAUUCUCUAUCGAAUUGCGCAGAUGGGCUUAUUGAUGCUAUAAUGGGAUCAACCGCCAUUACCAUUUCGAACAAUUACUUCACCCACCACAAUGAGGUUAUGUUAUUGGGUCACAGUGACUCCUACACAAGAGAUAAGCAGAUGCAAGUAACAAUUGCCUACAACCACUUUGGUGAGGGUCUUAUCCAGAGAAUGCCAAGGUGUAGGCAUGGGUAUUUCCAUGUGGUGAAUAAUGACUAUACACACUGGGAAAUGUAUGCCAUUGGUGGAAGUGCCCAACCUACAAUUAAUAGCCAAGGAAACAGAUAUCUUGCCCCUGACAAUGCUUUUGCUAAAGAGGUGACGAAGAGGGUGGACACAGCAAAUAAUGUAUGGACAAACUGGAAUUGGAGAUCAGAGGGAGAUCUCAUGCUAAAUGGAGCCUACUUCACCUCAUCAGGGGCUGGAGCUUCAGCCAGCUAUGCCCGGGCUUCAAGCUUAGGGGCCAAGUCCUCUUCCAUGGUUGGCGCCAUUACUUCAAGUGCUGGUGCACUUUCCUGCCGCAGGGGUCGCCAAUGUUAAUUCUCAAUCCCAAGUUCCCAGCAUAAGGAGGGAAAAAAAAAAAAUCAAAAGUUCUCUUCCCUUAUCCAUAAAGUUUGCAGCCAUUCUCUGUUUCAUCUUCCUCCUCUUCCUCUGUAUUUGUCCCACUCAACCAAAUAUUUGGCAAGUGUACAUUAUAUUACAGGUGCCAUAGUGAUGUCACACAGAUACAGAAAAUAAUCCACUUGUCACCAUUACCGACCUCGGCCUGCUUUAGAUGCCGUAGUGUUGCUCACCAUCUUCAUCAUUUUGUUCAACUUUCUGUUCCUCAUAGAGGCAAUUUGUCCAUUUGCUCAUCUGUACUAUAAUUUACGAAUUCUCAAUUCCGAGUAAUGCAAAAAUUUCAUAUCAAAAAGAUAAUGUUUAGCUCCAAAUGUUCUUAGCUUUAA